AUGAAGGUCAAGACCAUCUCGCGCGUCGAGAGCCAAUUCACGCAGGAGCUCGCGACGGACAAGACCAAGAUCCACCGCAACUAUGACCCGUCGCUGCACCCGUUCGAGCGUCCGCGUGAGUACACGCGCGCGUUGAACGCCACCAAGCUCGACAAAAUCUUCGCCAAGCCGUUCAUUGCGGCGCUCGACGGCCACUGCGACAGCGUGAGCUGCUUUGCAAGCUCGCCCAAGAGUCUCGUGGCCUUUGUCAGUGGCGCUUGCGAUGGCGAAAUCCGCCUCUGGGACUUGCCCCGGCGCAAGUGCGUCUGGUCGGUCUACGGCCACGCGGGCUUCGUGCGUGGCCUCACAACGGCCCCCGACGGCAACACGUUCUUCUCGUGCAGUGAAGACAAGACCAUCAAGCAGUGGAAGCUCGCGAUCGCGAUCGGCGACGACGAGCAGCCCGAGGCGCUGCAGACCUUCCACGGCAAGGAGCCCUUCAUGGGCAUCGACCACCAUUGGAGCAACAGCACAUUCGCGACAUGCAGCUCCGUCGUCCAGGUAUGGGACCACCAGCGGUCGGAUCCGCUGCACGAAUUCUCGUGGGGCGCCGACUCGAUCACGUCUGUCAAGUUCAACCCGGCCGAGCCGAGUCUGCUGGCGUCGACGGGCUCGGACCGCGCCAUCAACCUCUACGACACACGCGUGGCGACCUCGAUGCGCAAGGUUGUGCUCGAGAUGCGCUCCAACGCGCUCGCGUGGAACCCUCGCGAACCGUACCACUUUACUGUCGCCAACGAGGACCACAACUUGUACACGUUUGACAUGCGCAACCUGGAUCGCGCGCUCAUGGUACACAAGGACCACGUGUCGGCUGUCAUGGACGUGUCGUACUCGCCGACGGGCCGCGAGUUUGUCAGCGGUUCGUACGAUCGCACGAUCCGCAUCUUCAACGUGCGCUCGGCAAAGAGUCGCGAGGUGUACCACACGAAGCGCAUGCAGCGCAUCUUUGCGGUCAAGUUCAGCGCCGACUCCAAGUUUGUGCUCUCGGGCUCGGACGACACGAACAUCCGCAUCUGGAAGGCCGAAGCGUCCAAGCACCUCGGGAAGCUCGCGCCGCGUGAGCGCAAGCAAGUCGAGUACAAGGAUGCGCUCAAGAAGCGAUUCCAGCACCUCACUGAGGUCCGGCGCAUCGCCAAGCACCGCCACGUGCCCAAGGCCAUCAAGAAGGCGUCGAUGGCCAAGCAGGAAGCCAACGAGCGCGACAACAAGAAGCUCGAAAACCGUCGGAAGCACUCGCGGCCCGGCAAGGUGCCGUACGUUGACACGCGCAAGAAGACGGUGAUCCGCAACAUGGAGUAG